AUGGUCUCCUUCAAGCUUCUCAUGGCCGCCAUGGCCACUAUGUCUUUCAGCCUCGCUGAAGCCCAUGGCAAAAGCAAAAAGUACGAUUGCUCCGACACGUGCGCGGAAGAGAUGAGGGCGAUUGAUGGCUACGAGGAGGACUGCUAUCACUAUCUCUCCAUGAUCGAGUCUGGGUCUGCUCGAUACCUCAGCAAGAUCCCUAAGCAGUACAAGUAUAUCUGCCGUGGCAUUGUUGAUUUUGUGAAUGCCUGCUACUGCCUUGCCCCUGACAAGCCUACUUCUUGCACCAGCGAGGAAUGCGAGCCUACCACCACCACCACCGACACUGUUUUUAUCAAGCAGACUACUACCACCACGACUACUGAACCUGCCGAGACUGAGACCACCACAACCACUGAGCCAACUACGAGUACUGAACCUACCACAACUACCGAGACGGACUCUACCACAACUACUGAAACUGAGUUUGAACCUACAACAACUACUGAGACUACUACAACUACUGAACCUACUACAACGACUGAGACUACUACUGAACCUACUACAACAACUGAGACGGACUCCACUACAACCACAACGACUGAGACUACUACUGAACCCACAACAACUACCGAGACGGAUUCCACCACAACUACAGAGACAGACUCUACUACAACUACCACAACAACUACGGAGACUGACUCUACUACAACAACUACCACAACAACUACUACGGACGCCGCCUCCGCCACCUGUCCCGCAUCAUGCAACUCUGGCUUUCAAUGCAGCGAUGGAACCAUCACUUACUGUGACUCCAACGAGAACUGCAUCUGUUUCGGGACUACUGAGGGUGACAGUAUCUGCCUUCCCAAUUUCAACUGCCCUAAUACCGAACAAUGUACCUCUUCGAAUGAUUGCACAUUUGGCCAGAGAUGUGUCUCCAACACAUGCUGUAACUUGAAUGUUUGUGUUACACCUUCCACUACCCAACAGUGUCAGGGUGGCAACAGUGAACAGAGCAAUCUCAUGGCCCGAGCACCAGCUGGCCGACGUGCCAGGGGAAACACUGCCACUUUUUAA